AUGAUGAUGAUCAGACACAUUUCCAAACCAACAACCAUCAUAUUUAAACAUCCUUUCGAUUCAAAUACAUCACCAUUAGUAUAUCCGCCACAAUUGUUGUAUCUGCAAGAUGACGAGGCACCAGCAAGUGACUAUGAAAAUUCGAACAUCAUCGAUUUGUUGCAAGAUGAUGAAACGCAUGAUCGGCAAAGAGAUAAUAUGGACCACGUGAAGGAUAGUAGAGAGACCCAGUCAUCAGAUGUCGACGACGAUCACGUGUCUGCGUACUAUGCCUUUGAUGAUGAUGCAAUCAAAGGUGGGCAAACAGAGACAGAGGAGCCCUGCCGAAGGAUAUCCGAGCAUCGAAAUGAUUUUCAAAACUGCAACAACUUUCAUGAACAACAUCUCUUGGAAGGAGGCAUCAAGUUUUUAGGAGAGGGUGCCUUUCGUGAAGUCUUUGGCUUGUCGCAUCCGUUCAGAGAACCCAACGAACAGUUUGUACUCAAAGAGCUCAGAUUCGAUGAAGAUAUCAAUGACGAGAACAGUGAGUUCAUACGAAUGGAUGCAGCUGUUGCCGAGCGACUAUCGGCAAGUCCGCGCACUUUUGAUAUCUAUGGCUUUUGUGGUGUCGGUAUCCUUUCCGAGUACUUCUUCCAUGGCGACAUUGAAGAGGUUGCAUACGAGGAUGAAGGAGAAGUUAGUGAAGAUCUACGGGAGAUUGAAGAAUUUGAAGUACAAACCAAUCUCACCGGCAGAGAAAAGGUGGUGCUGGCACUGGAAAUGGCUGAGGGAAUAGCCCUGCUGCAUGGUAACGCCGGUGGUGUCAUUGUUCACGACGACAUUCAGUUAUCACAGUUCCUACUCAACAAGGAUAAGACGAUGCUAAAGAUCAAUGACUUCAAUCGGGCAGAAUACAUGCUAUAUGACGAAUCCAAAGAGACAUACUGCAAGUAUCACAAUGGUGGAGGGAAUGGAAAUUGGCGGGCUCCAGAAGAGUAUAAAAACGAAGGAUUGAAUGAGAAAAUAGAUGUCUGGUCGCUGGGAAAUAACAUGUACACUUUGCUCACGGGUUUGGAUCCGUUUCCUUGGUUGCAUUCGAAGGAAAUGCAGGUACGUGAAUCAAAUCAUCGAUUUUUCAGGUCACUAUAUAGAUGGCUCAAUAUUUGUGUUUACCCUCCUGUUCUUGGAUACUGUAGCCAUUGGUGCAUCGAUCCCCGAUUCUGGGCCCGUAGUAAGGAAGAAGGUAGGCUUGCUGAGAUCAUCAAGCAAUGCUUCGAAUACAAUCCAGACUUGAGACCUAGCGUAUUUGACAUUGUUGAGCAACUCCGAGAGGUUGUAACAGAAAGCUUGGGAGAUGAGAAUGUCACCAGAGCACAAGUUCUGCAAGGCCUUAGUGACUGA